CAUUGCACAUUAGUGGAGAGAGUUCUGUCUGCUUCACUUUCUCUCGAUCUCUGGUACCCAUCCACUCUUCUCAAACUCUCUUUCACUCUCUUGCAUUCAAUCCAGGUUCAUCUGAACUUCCUUUUCUCCAUUAGCAUGGACCUAGCAUUCCUUCUUCUCCGUCAGACCUUUCCUCAGCUCUUCUGAAUCGCUCUUUCUGUGGAUGGUUGUGAUGGAUGCUUCUCUCCUCUGCUGAUGGAUUUUAAAUGGGAUCUGUGUGUCUGGACUGCCGGCAUCUGAAUUGCAGAAGAUGAGUGUAAUACUGUGGCACUGGGAUCCAAAAAAUCAUAGCAUGAAACUGAUCUACACGGAUUGGGCGAAUCACUACUUGGCCAAAUCGGGACACAAGCGGCUGAUUAAAGACCUGCAGCAGGAUGUGAGCGACGGCGUGCUGCUGGCUGAGAUCAUCCAGGUCAUCGCAAAUGAGAAGAUUGAGGACAUUAAUGGAUACCCUAAGAGUCGUUCUCAGAUGAUCGAGAACAUUGAUGCCUGUCUGAGCUUCCUAGCAGCCAAAGGUGUGAACAUACAUGGACUUUCAGCUGAAGAGAUCCGGAAUGGAAAUCUGAAAGCCAUCUUGGGGCUUUUCUUUAGUCUGUCUCGAUACAAGCAACAGCAGCAGACCAACAGAGAGACACACACGCAACACACACAUUCACACACUCCCUUAAGCCAGCAAAGCAGCUCUCCGGCCCAACUGACCUCCACCUCGCAUGGGACUCACACACACAGCUCACAGCCAGAGAUGCAGUCCAGGGAUGGCUCUCAGAGUAAACUCAAGUUUUCCAUUGGUCAGAAAAAGUCUUCUAGAUUACCUGGCCCCACCUCGAGGACAUCCACUGCGGGCAGUGACGGUUCUCCUCGAGGGUCCAUCAGUUCAGCAGGGAAUCGCCGCAGUCAGGUGUUCAGUGAUAAAGCCAAACCUGCAGCAGCUCAGGCCAAAGAAUCAUCAGAGAGUGUGACUGAGCACAAUCUGUCAUCCCAGGUGUCCGCCUGCACCUCUGUUAGCACCAGCACUGUGGCAUCUUCAUCUUCAUCGUCAGCCAUCCCCCAGCCCAACUCAAGUAGCAAACCCUGGAGAAGCAAAUCUCAAAGCACCAAGCACACUGCUACCUCCACCGCGCUUUCCAUCAAACCAGAUCCCCAAGUCAAGCAGGCGGUGCCUGCAGAGCCCCCACCGAAAGCUGUGCCUCAGAAGUCCAUGCUGGAAAAACUCAAACUUUUCAACAGCAAAGGUGGCUCCAAGUCAUCCAGGACAGCAGAGGGCGCCGUUACGCCAACAGGAGGAAAAGAUGCCGGUUUGGUUUUAGAAAAAGUCAAGCCUGGUUCCAAUACAGAACCCAUUGAGGAAAUGGAAGGUAACGUUAGACCCACGAGCGGGUCGGGUGCUGUUACAAUGACAACCAGCAGCCCAAAGAUUGCACUAAAGGGCAUUGCACAGCGGACACUUAGCCGGGCACUCACGGCGAAAAAAGCCUCAACUAAAGCCGCAGAGAAAGAAAAGCAAAAAGAACAUGCUAAGGAGAAAGACAAAAACGGCUCAAAGCGUGUCCCUGCCUUGGAAAAGGUAGAGACCAAAGAGGAAGUUAAAGAGGAAGUUGUUCCCUCAAGCAGAGUUGCUUCCUCCGAGGCAGAGCCCAGGAAAGCCUCCAAGAUCGCCAGCUUUAUGCCCAAAGGCGGCAAGGUGGGAGGUACCAAGAAAGAUAGCUCCGCCCCUGUGCAAAGUGGAAUUCCAAAACCAGGAAGUAAAAACUCAGGAAAUGGAGCGGUGAAGAGUUCAGCGUUGCCCCUCGGUGGUAAAGACAAUGAGAGGCCUCGCAGUAUGCGUCUGGGAGAGGGUCUGGGACUUCAUAGGGACAGCCGGCAUUCCUCGUCCUCUUCCAGCCUGGCUUCCACUGAGGGGAGAGGACACCACAGCGCCGCCCCGGUGGCCAGUGGAACACAAUCUACAGCCAGCAACACAGUCAGUGUGCAGCUGCCUCACCCCCAGCAGCAGUACACCCACCCCAACACAGCCACCGUAGCACCCUUCAUGUACAGGUCUCAGAAUGAAGCAGAUGGAAACAUUGACACAAACCCAAGCUCUGGAUGUCGUAGUAGUGACUCCUGUAGCUUCAGUAAGAUCAACCAGUCUUCUACGGAGGACCUGUCAGGUGAAGAUCCAGAGACCAGACGCCUGAGGACUGUCAAAAAUAUUGCUGACCUGCGACAGAAUUUAGAAGAGACCAUGUCAAGUUUACGGGGGACACAGAUCACACACAGUACACUGGAGACCACUUUUGAUGCUGGGGUUACUACUGAAAUGAGCAGUCGCAGCAUCCUUAGCAUGGCAUCUCGACCCACGCCGCUGUCCUGGGCCAGUCGCAUGGGCCAGUCCAGCCCCCGUCUUCAAGCAGGAGAUGCUCCCUCGGUUGGUAACGGCUUUCAGUCCCGCAGCGGAGGUGUGGCGUCCGGUCAGGGCCGGUAUCUGUAUCGGGCUCCUCUCCGAAAGCAGCUGGCAGUGCGCAGCAGCGCCCUCUGUGGCCUGGAGCUGGGAGACAGGGUGGAGGAUCUGGAGCUGGCAGGUGUGGGGCUGGAGAUGAGCGGCUACAUGAGUGAUGGAGACGUGCUGGCUAAGAAUGCACAUGCUGAUGAGCUGACCAGCGGGUACAUGACGGAUGGGGGAUUGAGUCUGUAUACGCGGCGAUUAAACCGGAUGCCGGAUGGAAUGGCAAUGGUACGGGAAAGUCUGCAGCGCAAUGCUUCCACCGGCCAGGGAGACGCUGACAGUUGGGAUGACAGUAGUUCCGUCAGCAGUGGGAUCAGUGAUGCUAUUGAUACCGAUGACAUCAUGAACACCAGCUCCUCCAUAAGCUCUUACGCCAACACCCCCGCCGCGUCCCGUAAGGCCCUGAAUGGACAG